UAGUCAAAUUUGCUAAUAUUUUUUUGCAACAGAAAUGUGUCUAAACAAUUGCUCGUAUCCGAACGGCGAGUGUGUAAACGGCAGCUGCUACUGUGCCAUGGUCUACGAGCCGUAUAACAACACACGAGAGUACUUCCCGUUAAUGGGGGAGGACUGUUCUUUCCGGAUCCCUUUCGCAGGCGCAGUUCGGAUUCCCAGUAUUACGUUCAUGCUUUUGAUCGUAGCAACGAUUUUGACUCUCGUCCUCGUCGGAGAUGACUUUGAGCUGCAGUAAUAAAAAAGAAUAAAUCUAUCCUUGUAUCUUCCAUUGGUUUUUCGACUUGUGAUGUCCUUUCGGCGACGACUCGUCAUAACUGCUUCAACGCCCGCGAUCCCAUUUUUGCGGCCACUAGACUGAUCGAAAGCAUUGUCAUAGAAUGGCAGGAUAUGGAGGUGGCUACGGCCAGGCCAGACAUGGACUCUUGGUCGAGGAAGAGGACGAUGAAGAUCUGUACGAAGGCUUCAACUUCAGCAUCGACCUCGCGCCUCCACAGACGGCAGCCACCACCAACUACAUGUCGUCGUCCUAUGGCGCUCCAGCUUCGAGAGGGGGCUACAAUCCACCAGGAACGGCCUUUAGAGCACCACCGUCACAAAUGGGAAGACCGAUUCCAGGCUCACGGAUGGGAACAGCACAACAGUCGAGUGACGCACGCCCUAUGACUUCCGUGUCUGGAGCAGGAUUCUCGUCAAAUCCACGUACUGCUGGGGGUCAGAGGAUGUUUGACCCCAUGGGAGAAUCUCGAAAAGCUGGUGCCGCUCCUGCUUUAGUGGAGAAAACUGAAAAUUCACCAAAAGAAGUGGCAAAAGAACUGGAACGGACCGUGAACGCGCUAAUUGAGCAAUCGGCCGAGUUGAUUGCCAAGGAACAGCACGAAGAAGCGCUACAUUCCGCCAAAGAUGCCGGACGUAAGGAACGAGCGUUCAACAAGCACUGCGAGCUCAACGGAUUGGCAGAUUUGCUCAACAUCGACCUGACUUACGCCGUGUUUUUCAAUCUCGCGAACGCGUAUCAUCUCAAUGGACUUUGGAAAGAAGCCAUCCAAUCGUAUACACCGAUCGUCAAGAACAAACAGUACGCACAGGGCGGUCGAUUGAGAGUGAAUAUGGGCAACAUUUACUUCGAACAACAGCAGUUUCCCACAGCGAUCCGAAUGUAUCGCAUGGCUUUGGAUCAGAUUCCGAACACCAGUAAGGAAGUGCGCUACAAGAUCAAGCGGAACAUUGGCGCAGCGCAGAUCAAACUCGGACAUUACCAGGACGCAGCAGCCACGUUCGAAGAUAUCAUGGAAGGCAACGCAGACUUCCAGUCCGGGUUUAACCUCAUCAUUUGCUACUACGCGAUUGGAGAGCACGAAAAGAUGCGACGAGGAUUCACGAACCUUAUCACGACUCCGAUGGAAGGAAUGUCCGAGGAAGACGAAGACGAGUCCGGACUGGCUAACGAGUCAAAACACGAUGAUGACGCCCACACGUCGUCUAAAGAUCACCUUCAUUCACUCAAGACCGACGGUCUGAAAGCAGAGAUCCGAGCGAGGAGGAAGAAAGCCAUGGAGUAUAUUUUAGUGGCUGCUAAGUUGUGUGCUCCGGCGCUGGAUAAGAAGGACUGGCUAGCGGGUUUCACGUGGGUUAUUGACGCGUUAAAGCAGGAGAACCACGAGAGUUUAGCGAGCGAAAUGGAGAUCUGUAAAGCGCAUUGGUUCCUGAAAGAAAAAGAGUUUGACAAGGCGAUUGAAGUGCUCAAGGCGUUCGAGAAGAAAGACCCAGCACACAAAGCCAUGGCCGCUACCAACCUCAGUUACCUUUACUUUGUAGAAGGUGACACUACUCAAGCCGACAAAUACGCGUCGCUCGCGGUGCGACACCAACGAUACAACGCCAAGGCCUUGGUGAACAAAGGCAACUGUCUGUACGUUAAAAACGAGUGCGAGCGAGCCAAGGAGCUCUUUCUCGAGGCUAUCGGCGUGGAAGCGGACUGUAUAGAAGCUAUCUACAAUCUUGGCUUAGUGAAUAUCAAGAUGGGGGUAUUAAACGAGGCACUUCAGGCGUUCGAGAAGCUGCACAGUAUCGUCCCCACGAACGCGGAAGUACUGUACCAGAUUGCGAAUCUUCAUGAUGUUAUGGGCAACUACCGACAAGCCGCCAAGUGGUUUAAUAUCCUCCUCUCAUGCUUCGGUAGUAACGAUAAACGAGAGCGGAACACUAAGAACGUGGCCGAUCCUGGAGUGCUCGCUCGUCUGGGUCAAAUCUUCAAUAAGGACGACGACGAGACCCAAGCGUUCCACUACCAUCUCGAGUCGUACCGGUACUUUCCUAUCAACUUGGAUGUCAUUUCUUGGCUUGGGGUAUGGUACGUCAAGAGUGAAUUGUAUGAAAAGGCCAUCCAGUUCUUCGAACGAGCCAGUCAGAUCCAGCCGAAUGAAGUCAAGUGGAGGCUUAUGGUCACGAGUUGUUAUCGACGUAUGGGUGCUUAUCAGAAAGCCAUGCUGCUGUACGAACAGAUCCAUCAAGAUUACCCGGAGAACCUCGAGUGUUUGAGAUAUCUCGUGGCUAUUUGCAAGGAUCUAGGCCAACGAUGUGACGGGUUUCAGGCAAAAUUGGCCAAACUGGAACGUGACAAUGCCGUCAACAAUCAGAUGCCACCUCAACAGCAAGCUCCAUCUGUAGGCAACGGCCACUCACGGAACUCUAAUGGCGAUGAUAACGGCGAUUCAAGAUCUCAAUCCUACCAAAGACUACCGCAACAAAUACAGCGACAAGAGAGCGGUCGAGGCGCUUCGCCUUCUGUUUAUGGAAAUGGGAGCAGUACACCGGAGUCCCGAACUCGUGACAGUGAAGACAACAGGAAUGAGAUCAUCGCGCCGCCUUCAAUGCAAACCGUAGCCCCCACGACGGCAAGAGCACCGCAGCCGCAGAAACGACCCAGCAAACACGAAGACACGGAUGAUUGGGGGGAUGCAGAUGUGGGCGACCUCCUAGGAGACUGA